AUGCCAGCUCUUGCAGACAGAAACAGCAUUCUUCUGAAAGAUACUCGUCUCGAGAAUUCGCGUAUAUGCCAACCGCAGCAGUGGAACAUCCAUGGCAGGAUCUUUGGAGGGUUUCUGAUGCGCAGGGCAUUUGAGUUGGCCUUCUCCACAACUUAUACAUAUGCUGGUCUAGUGCCCUACUUCUUAGAAGUUGAUCACGUCGAUUUCCUAAGACCAGUGGACGUUGGGGAUUUCUUACGUUUCAAAUCCUGUGUGCUUUACACUCAACUUGAUAAAUUGGAUUGUCCGCUUAUCAAUAUCGAAGUUGUUGCUCAUGUUACAAGCCCGGAGAUUCGUUCCAGUGAGGUUUCAAAUACAUUCUACUUCAAGUUCACUGUACGACCAGAGGCAAAGGCCAGAAACAAUGGGUUUAAGCUUCGAAAUGUAGUUCCUGCUACAGAGGAAGAAGCUCGUCAUAUCCUAGAGCGCAUGGAUGCAGAAGCUUUGAACUCAAGCAAACAACAAGCAUAG